CAGGUGGAGACACACGUGCGAGUGUGGGGCGGGUGAUAAGGGAAAGACAGCUGAGGAACGGCGUAAAAAAAUAAAGCCUGCGGUGCACGGUUGCCUCAGCGGACAGUAAACGCUGCUGCGGAGGUGCGGGGCGCGCGCUCCCGGGCUCGCGCCUCAUGCCUCGGGCACUUGGACGGGCCAGGGCGGGCGGGGGCGGCGCGGGCGGCGCGGGGGUGGGGCCUAAGGCGGCGCGGGCGAAGGCGGCGACCCAGACAUCUGGGACUGUUGUUGUUCUCUCGCCUCACGCCCGCCUCAGUCAGUUCGAGCUGCGAUCCGGAGCUAGUCUGCUGGGAGGCGGCUGUCCUGUCUCCGCCCUCUCUCCGGGUUCGCUGAAGCUGCGGCAGGAGCUGGCGCUGACUGAACAGCUCGCGGUUGGUCUCCGAUGCCCUUCGUCAAGGAGGGGGUUUCUGGACCCUGGUGAGCGCACCUAGAGCCCCCGGACUCGGUGUCUUCGCCCGCCCCUCGGGCCCGCAAACGCGUGUCUGCCAUGGCUGAGAACGCAGAUGAUGACCUGAACUCUAACCUGCUCCACGCCCCCUACCUCACUGGAGACCCCCAGCUAGACACGGCCAUCGGGCAGUGGCUGCGUUGGGAUAAGAAUCCCAAAACAAAAGAGCAAAUUGAAAAUCUCUUGCGGAAUGGAAUGAACAAAGAGUUGCGUGAUCGUCUUUGUUGCCGGAUGACUUUUGGGACCGCAGGACUUCGAUCUGCCAUGGGAGCAGGGUUUUGCUACAUUAAUGACCUUACAGUAAUACAGUCAACACAGGGGAUGUACAAAUACCUGGAGAGGUGUUUUUCAGACUUCAAGCAGAGAGGCUUUGUUGUUGGCUAUGACACUCGGGGUCAAGUGACUAGCAGCUGUAGCAGCCAGAGGCUUGCUAAACUCACUGCUGCAGUGUUGCUGGCUAAAGAUGUUCCUGUUUACCUUUUUUCAAGAUAUGUUCCCACACCUUUCGUACCAUAUGCAGUUCAGGAGCUCAAAGCAGUUGCAGGUGUGAUGAUUACUGCAUCUCAUAACCGCAAAGAGGACAACGGGUACAAGGUUUAUUGGGAAACUGGUGCUCAGAUCACAUCUCCACAUGAUAAAGAAAUUCUGAAAUGUAUAGAAGAGUGUGUGGAACCCUGGAAUGAUUCUUGGAAUGAUAAUUUAGUGGACACCAGCCCACUGAAGAAAGAUCCUCUGCAGGACAUUUGCAAGAAAUACAUGGAAGAUCUGAAAAAGAUCUGUUUUUACAGGGACUUAAAUUCAAAGACCACCUUGAAAUUUGUACAUACCUCCUUUCAUGGAGUUGGACAUGACUAUGUGCAGUUGGCUUUUCAAGUAUUUGGUUUUAAGCCUCCAAUUCCAGUCCCAGAACAGAAAGAUCCAGAUCCAGACUUUUCUACUGUUAAAUGUCCAAACCCUGAAGAAGGAGAAUCUGUGCUGGAACUGUCCCUGAGACUGGCAGAGAAAGAAAAUGCCCGGAUAGUGCUAGCCACAGAUCCUGAUGCAGACCGGCUGGCCGUGGCAGAACUUCAGGAGAAUGGUCGUUGGAAAGUUUUCACAGGGAAUGAGUUGGCGGCUUUGUUUGGGUGGUGGAUGUUUGAUUGCUGGAAGAAAAACAAACCAAAUGCCGAUGUGAAGAAUGUUUACAUGCUAGCCACCACUGUCUCUUCUAAAAUUUUAAAGGCAGUUGCACUUAAAGAAGGAUUUCAUUUUGAAGAAACAUUACCAGGCUUUAAAUGGAUUGGAAGUAGGAUAAAAGACCUCCUAGGACAUGGAAAAGAAGUUCUUUUUGCAUUUGAAGAGUCUAUUGGCUUUCUGUGUGGAACCUCCGUGUUGGACAAAGAUGGAGUGAGUGCAGCUGCUGUUGUUGCUGAAAUGGCCUCUUUCCUGGAUACCAGGAAGGUAACACUGAUGGAGCAACUGACGAAAGUGUAUGAAAUAUACGGUUAUCAUUUGUCAAAAACUUCAUAUUUCUUGUGUUAUGAUCCACCUACCAUCAAAACCAUAUUUGAAAGGAUUCGCAAUUUUGAGUCUCCAAAGGAGUAUCCAAAGUUUUGUGGGGCAUUUGCUAUUUUGCAUGUACGGGACAUAACCACUGGAUAUGAUAGCAGCCAGCCAAAUAAGAAAUCAGUACUGCCUGUGAGUAAAAACAGCCAAAUGAUUACAUUUACUUUUCAAAAUGGCUGUGUUGCUACUCUUCGAACAAGUGGGACAGAACCAAAGAUAAAGUAUUAUGCAGAGAUGUGUGCAUCACCUGGCCAGAGUGACACUACCUUACUGGAAGAAGAAUUAAAGAAACUGAUUGACGCUCUGAUAGAGAAUUUUCUUGAGCCCAGUAAGAAUGCACUGAUCUGGCGUUCUGUGUAGGGCACAUCAGUACAUUAUGACUUUGCACUGACAUAUGGAACGAAACCUCCAAGAACUCCACUCAGUGAACCUUGUGUUAGAAUUCUCUCAUCUGCCAAGUUAUCGUUUUCCUUUUCUUUCCUGUGUUCAGCUAGCUAAAUAGAUUAUAUACAUUUAAAAUGAAAAUGUUUGGAUAUAAGUCAGGUAUUUUCAUAGUCUUAAAUGACAGUCAUUACAGUGGAAGUGUUCCAGUGGCACGCUGUUUCUCUUGUAUCACAACAAUACAAAAGUGAGUUUUCUUAUUGAACUGUGGUUAAGCUUAGUUACGUAGCUUGUAUUGUGUAUAGCAUGGUUUAAAAGAAGUCAAACAUUGUAUAACUAUAGGGUUAGUUAAGGAAAUUAUUUUUUAAAGGUGUAUGUGUGGCUGGGAGCAUUGUUCUUGCCCAGGGUCAAAAAGUUCUUAUGUUGUAGAUACUGUUUUUCAAAUUAGAAACCAGCUUGGUGGCAUAUUCCUGUCAUUACAGACCUUAGGAGGCUGAGGCAGGAGGAUCAUUAGCUACUUUAUGGCCAGCCUGAGCUGCACAGUAAUUCUGUCUCCAAAAAAAGAAAAAAAGAAAGAAAAGAAAAAAAUGUUGAUAGUUUAUUUAGGUUUUCUGAUUUAGGACAGAUGUUACAGUCUGUGGUUCUGCACCUCUGAUUCAGGUGCCCUUGGUGUGGUGUACAUUUACUGUAUGUAUUUAAGACUGAUGUUUACUGAACAUAAAACAGUAGUGGCAGCACUCCUCAUGGCUUCAUUCUUGUCAAAUUCCUCAGUGCAUUCUCAGGGUCUGGUGUGUACUGAAACAGUGUUCCUGCAUUGAAUAUGAGUCUGUUAGUCCAUUUUCAGAUAGUUAAGGAAAAUCUUCUAAACUAUAUAGGUGCUUCCUCUAUAGGAAACAGAUUUGUUGAUUCUAAAGAUGGUUGCAGAAAAAAGUCUUAAUAAAAUUUGGCUUAAUGUAACUGUAGUUGAGUCUUCAUGCUAGGAUUCAGUUAUAACCUAUAAGUGAAAAACUGUCCUGUGAAAUGAGCAUGACAUUUAUUUGGCAGUCUUUUUUAAUUACAUUUUUAUAGCCAGAUUUACUUUAUCUGAUAAGGUAAUGCUAAUUUUAAUAAGAAAUGAAACAUCAAGUGAUAAGUAUUUUCUACAGCCAUACCUCCUUGAUUCAAUAUCCAGUAUCAUUUUAUCUCAGAAGCUAAACAAGGCUAAGCAUGGUGCUUGGAUGGGAAAUUUUAGGUAUUAUGAAACACUGAAACUGAUAUUUAAAACUAAGGUCAAUUUAUUUAUUUUAGUAUGUUGCUGGCUUUGGAAUUUCUGAUCAUAUAAAUACUUUUCAUCUUAUUCAAUGCAGAACAGUUUUCAGGAAAGUCAUUUGUGGUUGACUCUCUAGCCUUCUGAAAAGCCCUAAUAGAAAAAUAUUGUCCAAACUUCCCAAAUUCUGUAUUUCCCUACAUAGUUUACAGAAUACACAAAAUAUAGUUACGAUAACAGUAACAAGGCCUUUGGGUAUAAUCAUUUAAGAAAAGUUGCACUGACGUUUGAUGAUUUGUUUCCUAAAAAUAAAUAGUAUAAGCAUAAGCCAGUUAGAACGUUAAUUAAACCAUGGUUUGGUUUGUUGCAGCUUGAGGAUAAUUUUGGUUGAGCUUAUAUAAUCCAAGCAUAGUUUUUACAUUACGUUGCCACUAUUGCUGUGUUCCUUCCUUACUGUCUUAGAGCUGGGUCCUAUAUGACUAUAGAUGGCAGCUUGUUAAUGUUCGGUGCCAUUUUUCUGUAUGAGUUUAUUUUAAAGGCUUUGUGCUAAAGAAGUAGUGUGUAGACUUUUUUGUUUUAUUUUUAAAAUGUUUAAAACAUUUUAUUGGCUUUUAGGAGUGUAAAUUGUAGUUUAGGAAAUAGCAUGUAUUCUACAAAGUGGUGUAAUCAAAGCUAUAUAUGGAAAAACAUGCAUAUUCAGAUUUAAGUGACUGUGUCCCAGUGGCCCAAGGACAAAAUGAAACUAAAGCGAUGUGACAGCCUAUUUAUAGCAAGAAAGCCAUGUCAUGAUUGCCAUUCACUUAUGAAGAGAACAUUUUUGUUUCAGCACUUUAGCAUACACAAGAAAUAAGUCAUAUUAAACUGAAGUUACUGACAUUUGAGCUUUUACCUUUAAAAGCUAAGCUCCAACUAUGUAUAAAGGUUCCUAGAAUGUGUAAGUUAAGGAGAAUGUUUGAUUUUUGUCUACAUUCUUGAGUCUGUCUGAGCAUGUUUAACAUGAACUUGGCACAAUGGGUGCACAGGUGCCUAACAGGAUAAAUUUAACAACAGCUCAAGAUAGGAGUGCCAGCCUGUGGGUCUCGGCCUUGGGAUAAUAACUACAUUGUUUAUCUCUUCCCUUUUUUCAGUAAUAGUAUGGGAAUAUAUUCUCUUUGAGCAAAUAAAUCAAAACAAGUAUUUUCUGGAGUUCUGAGGGAAAAGAAUUAGGCUGGAACAUAACCCAGUGGUAAAGCACUUACCUAGCAUGCAGGUAAAGCAAAGCUUACAUUUGAUCCCUGGCUAUACUAAAAAAGAAAGAGAAAUGUUAUUAUUGAUGGAGCAAAGCCAAAUCAUAAAGUGGAAAUAACCAACAAUAGACCAACAAACAGUAAAAGGCCAGUAAUGAUGGUCUAAGCAGCGCUCGAGAAGUACAAACAUAAGCUGAAAUGGGGGUAAACUGUGUGCCAGGCUGUUCACUUGUGUGUGUUAGGAUGCACAGACAGCAAGCCUGUAUUGUUUUCCUUCAGUAGUGAUCACUAAAAAGAAGCCCAGUUCUAGGAGAUGAGGCACAAUUGAACUGUGGGUUCAUUCCCUAGUGGGAUGUUGUUCCAGAAUUAUGUGAAAAUGAGAGAAGAUAAAGAACAAAAUUAAAAGAAAUAAAACCAAGAUUGGAAAGUAUAACCUCCAAGAAAAAGUUCAAGGAAUUAAGAUUGUUGGACUCUGAAACAAAGAGCUAUUGAGUUCAUUUACUAGAUCAUAAAUUAUUCACUGGGAUUUUUGCUAAAGGUAUCAAAGUAAGAAGCACUAAUGGCACCCUGAUUAUCUCUAGUGAAGACACCACAGGGAAUAAGGUUGUAAAGAAAAAAAAACUAAACAAUACCUAUUGUAAGAACACGAAAAGAAGACAUAGAAGGGAGCUAGUUGAAAAGUGAGUGAAACGGGUAGGAAAGGGUUAAGAGAAAGAUGAUGGGGUUACUAUGAUCAUAAUACAUUCUAUACAUGUAUGUAAUGGUCAGAAAUAAAUGAAUGGACAAUGUGAAAUGUUUAAGAGGUUAGAAUUUCUUGAGUAGAAGUGAUCAUAAAACCUAUUUGAAACCUUAUUUUUGAUGGAAUAAUAUUUGAAAUAUUAAGGGAUAUACCAAAUGGCAGUUUAAAGAUUACUUCAAACACAUUUUUAAGAAUCAGGUUGGAACAAGACUUAUAUAGAGAGCACUAUCAGUAACUUUUGUGUUUCACCCCAUAUCUAGAGUUUGGCUCACCAAUAACUUGUAUAUAUUUUGAAUGGGAGGUGCAUGGGUGCAGUAAUGGGUGUUCUCUUUAAUUUGCAAGCUGUAUGAGACUUGAACACACUUGUGCUCAUCUGGGAGAAUGGGCAGCUUUAUAAGAUAUUUAUGAUAUAUUGCAAAUGUAAAGAAUCAGCAUUUGGAUAUAGUAACUUAAGAGAGAGUCCAAGAGAUUGGAUACUUUGUGAUGUCUGCAUGUAGCAAAUAGACCCACCUCCCACCAUUUCUUCAUCAAGAUGCUUCUGGAAUGGAUGCAACAGAAAUGUAAGUGGGAGUCUCCUGUGAAGUUCAGCAAUGCUGCUUCUGCUGCUGUUUUCAGACUUUCCACUGAUAUUCGUAAAGCUUGAAAAUACAAUUUCCACUCGGAUACAUUUGAUUUCUCACCUUCCUUGCUCUACCUCCCUCUUCCCUGGGCAUCCUUCUACCUUCUGUUACUGUGAAAUGCUACUACCCUGUUACCUCACUGAUAAGAGUCUUAACUGUUCAUUCAGAUGGCUUUAAACUUAGUCGUGAAUUCUUUGUUUAUAGACUGUCAUUUUCAUUGUUGUCAGAAUAUUUGAGAUGUACUGUAUGAAGUAACAGUGUCAGUGUCUUUCAAAGCCCAUUUCUGGUUGCUGGACACUACUAGAUGGUGACACUGUGGGCUUUUACAAUGAUUUUUUUUUCUAAAUUUGUUCUAGAAACUGAUGAGGAAACAGAUAUACAAACCAAAGUAAUAAGCUGAUUAAGGAUUUUAUUAGGGGUUCUAUGUGCUAUGGGCAGUAAGAGUACAAAAAUUUGAGGAAAUAUUUUUCACAUUGCCCCUUGAAGAAUUUUACUAUAAGCUGAAAGAAGUUGAAGAGAGCUGGUUGUGGUAACUCAUAUGUAUAAUCUCAGCCCUGGAGAGACUAAGGCAGGAGAAUUGCUUCUUGUUCAAGGUCAACUUAGGCUAUAUGGAGAGAUCUAGAACAAUAAACAAACAAACAAACAAAUAAAUAAAGCAAGCUUAGAAGAGAAUGGUGCAUUGUCUGCCUCUUCACAAAGCAUUGGUUUAGUGCCAGUCAGAAACAAAAGCAGUGUUAACUAUUAUUUUUAACUAUUCAAAAAAAAAAAAAAAGAGAACCUAUAAUUCAAUUAAGAGGCCAAGACAAGGACAAAGUGACCAGAGUUUGCUCUCUAAAUUUUCCAUCCACAGAACUCUAAAAUAGAAGAGUGUGAAAAGAAUGGCUAACGGGACCUUGAGAGCAAAACCCUAAGAAGCUGCACACUGGCGUCAGAGCCCAUGGGAGCCUCUAAGUCACAAGCGAAUUCUCAGUUCUCUAAACUAUAAAGAUGAACUUUAGUCAUUAGGAGAGAAACACGGGUUUGGGGAUGUGGCUCAGUGACAGAGUGCUUGCCUGACGUGCCAAAGGCCCUAGGUACAGCACCCCCAGCACCAUUAGAAAAUAAAAAUUUUAAAAGAGGAAAAUAUCAGAAAGGAACACAAGUUUAUCAUGUAACUUCUCAGUCCCCAGCCCCAGAACCCCCACCUGCAAUUGCUGCUUUUUCCUGGAAGAACACACAAUGAUCUUAUAAUAAAUACACAUUCUAGGAUAUUCUCUGCCUUUCUAACCUAUACUUCCAAAGUAUUAAUGUCAGAUUAACUGGCCUGCAAUAUAUGUUACCCUUGAACCUUAUAAUAUUGUCUGAUAUAUAAGGCAAUUUAUUUUGUUUAAUUCACUGAAGCUCCUUAACCCACCUUUCAGCUGCCUGAGAGCAAAGAUCAUGGUUUAUUUUUAAUAUCUAUUUUGCUUAAUUCAAUAUCCCCUGUUAUGCAGUAUUUAACUGGUGGUAAUAGUAGUGAAGAAAAAAGUUUAAAAGAUAACAAAACAGUAAUUUUCCAAUUCAGUUUUUAAAAUAGUAUUACUGAAAUAUCCAGUAAGCAAUGCUUACUAAGCAUGCACACCCUUAAAUACUCAUUGUCUGAGGGAUUCUAUUGCUGUGAUAAGCACCAUGACCGAAAGCAGCUUGGGAAGAAAGGGGUUUAUUUCAUCUUAGAGCUUCUAGUCCAUCACUGGGGGAAGUCAGGAUAGGAACUCAGGUCAAGAACCUGGAGGCUGGAACUGAAGCAGAGGCUGGCCAUGGAGGGGUGCUGCUUCAUGGUUUGCCUGCUUUUUGUUAACACCCAGGACCACCAGCCCAGGGGUAGCACUACACACAGUGAAAUGGGCCCUCCCACAUCAAUCAUCAAGAAAAUGCCCCACGAGCCAAUCUGAUGGGAGCAUUUUCUCAGUUGAGGUUUCCUCAUCUAAAAGGACUAGCUUUUGUGUCAAGUUGACAUAAACUAUGCAGCACACUCAGUUUCUUUGAAGAGUACAAAGCAUCUUUCAACAUGAAAAGUAUAUAUAAUAUACAUAUAUGUGUGUGACACACACACACACACAUUAUUUUGCUCCCGAAACAAGGUUUUGGCCAGGAAGGCUAUGAAUGUACCUUAUGUGGGUUUAAUGUCACUGGUCUGGAUGCCAUUUUGAACCCAAUAGCUCCACCUUUCAAGUGAGUCACAUCUGAUUUGAUAGUGCUUAAUGCAUUUUGUCCAAUAUUAGGAUUCAUCAUAUGUGUUAUUGGAGUCACUCAGGCAUGGGGAGGGAGAGAGUGUAUCUGUACAUGAUGAGACCAUGUUAUAGACUAGUAUAAGCUCUUGGUGUACAUUAUUGAAUUUAACAGAUAAAACACAGAAUUAAGAAUGUAAUGCUUUUCUAAUAGUAGCUCAGAAUUGUGCCCUUGAGAUAACAAUUUCUGUCAAUAUCUCAUCUGUCCCUGUAAAAAUAACAGGGUAUAUUGUUAGCCUGUGAGAAUUUGCACUUUAUGUAUUUGUGUGUGGAUUUCUGUGGUUUUAACCAAAUGAAAUGCUCCCAGUAAUAAACAGGUCUCUUCAUAGGCA